AUGGCGGAUAACCCAACCCCCCGGCGACCUGUCUCCACAGCCAGCCGCACAAAUCUGCUUGACGACAAUGAGAAGGCGCGUCGCGUCGUUCUCACCAAGUCAUACAUCCGCGCGGAAGCCACCUACACUCCCACCAUGCUACAGCUCAUCCACCACCGCAUCGAGAACAACGGUUUCCGGCGACUCAUCUCCGACAAUGCCGUUUACCAGCGCAUAAUGAACUCUCUCAAGGACAGCAACAGCCCGCAAAAUGAGCGACACCCCAACAUUGUCGAUUUCCUCGCCCUUGAGGCUAUGCUGCCCGUGAACUACAAUAACACCUACAACCGCUCCCUCUCGGAAUGGUACCAGCGCUGCAAGGUCCCCGAAUGGGCCGAUAACCAGAUCCUCGUGGAGAACCACCUCUGCUUCGAGCACGAGAUGGCCACAGCCAAGGCUUUUCUUCACAAGCAGCUCGUCCAGAGCAGCGCUCCGGGUCAAGCCAAAGCCGAGCUCGCGGAGACCAUCACCGAGGAGAUCAACAGCCAUUACUGGCGCACCGAUCCGAAGGACCACUACUUGGUCAACACCAUCAUGAACAAGGUCAAAGAGCAUCAGAAGCUCACUAAGCGCGAGGCCAUCACCGUCGUCGCCAUCUACGGCGGCAGCUACCCCGCUCUCCUCCUCAAGCAUCUUGUCUACAAUCAGGAUGGCGAGCACUGUGACCUCGGCGACGUCGCGCUCGCCGUCCGGGAGAUCGAGGCCGACAAGGGACUUUACAAGGACAUUGAGAACGCCGAACAAACUAUCGCCAUCCACCAGCUGGCGCUCUCCCAUGGAGAGACUCUCGACAAGCGCGGCGAUCGUCCACAAGCCAAGAAGUUCCGCAAAGAAGCCGGCCAUCUCGAGAGGGAGGCGCACAAUGCCCAGUGCUUCCUCAACCGCGUCUACAAAGGUGGCCUCCGGAAGCGCGGCGCCUCGGGCAGGGCCCCCAACAUUGGCCAUGUCAAGAACAGGAGCAGGGCUGCCGUUGCUGCCGCUGCCGCCGCCAGCGUCCGCACUGCCACUGGGGAGUCUGAUGGUGAGAGAGCUCAUUCCGAGCGUGCUCAUCCCUGCGUUGACAUCAAGCAGGAGCAUGAGAGUGACCUUCGGGACGAGAUGCUUCUUCCCUCCAUCGAAAUUGAUUGA